AUGGUCCUGGAGGAGCCGACGCCGCGACGUAGAACUCCAGUAGUCAAAUCAGUGUCCUUCCAGAUGGAGGACGAGGACAGGAUGGACCCACAGUACAAGACCCACUUGCGGGGCGAGCUGGAGGUGCUGGAGCAGAUGCUGUGGGAGCUUGAGACCGAGACGGGUAGACCCAGCAGGCAGCGGACCCCGCAGAAGACGGAGAUGAAGCCGAGAAGCAAGUCGCGAGUGAGGAGAACGAGAUCGGUGACGAAGUUGAAGAGGAGACCGCAGACUCGGAAAGGAGAGAAGGAGGGAAGACAGGAUAAAAGCUACGGGGGAUCUACUCGGGGAGGGGCAGACGACGAGCGGGAUCUCGAAGAACCAGAGGCAGAAGGAGGAAACGAGGAGGAGGCGGGGUUGGAAGCAAAAGAACGACUCGGAGACGUAUGCUAUAGAUCUCUGGAGAUUGGUCUGGAGUUGGCUCGCAACAUGGAUACGGUGCGAGUGCGGACGAUUUUGGGGAAGGCUGAGUUUUGA